GUGUCGGCUCGGUUCAUUCCGAACCAGUUCUCGUGCGGGGCUGACUUCAUGGACCACAAAUACGAGAAGCUCUAUCUCUCGCUCCUCUACGUUGUGGACUGUGGAUGUCCAGUGGCCGUCACAACUGUCAUGUACUCUCUCACCCUCGUGGCCAUAGUGAAGAGACAUAACAAAUGGAACAAGAAGAGCAGCAACAAUCUUGGCCAUAAAAAGAGACCCCUGAAUGUGAGGAUGGUGUUCCUGGUGCUGUCAAUCAUAGCCACCUUCUGGAUCUGCUACCUCCCUUUCUGGACAUUCAACUUGGCAACUGUGUUCACAAUCCAGCCGGACUUUGGCGACUGGGAUCUCAGAGGGUUCUUCAUCAUUCUGACAUACAUCAACGCAGCCCUGAACCCAGUGUUCUACUCCAUUCUACCCGAAACGAGACGCAAAAUACUUCUGAAAACCCUCCUUUGUAGAGGCAACGAAGGAGACGAUCACGCUUACGUUUUCACAGACGAGAACAAAAAGCAAAACCCGUCCAAUAAAAACUCGGAUGAUUCGCAGAACAAUCGCCCAAUGGGCAACGAGCUUGAAAUGCAGCCGAUCAAUCAUCAGAAGUUUUCGACUUCAACUCGUAUCACGACUCACUCCAUCGAAUCGCCCAACAACAAUGUCAUAAUCAGUGUCGACGUCAAUGAACGCUCGCCAGAUUGGAAGGUCAAAGAAGUUCACAUGAACGAACUCAUUGAACAAAUCGAAGGUCGAAAUGGAAUCGUUAAAGGUCAAACGAAAGACGGGUUCCAAGGUCACCAAGAGCAAAUUGGAUCUUCUUUCAUGCCAAAUGGAGAAUGUGAAGUGUGAAAAACUAAUUGAAAUAUUUAAAAACAUUACCAAAUAUAGAAUGUUUCUGGGUAACUUUGAUCUGUGUUGUAUGUGCAGUGUUCAAAUAAAUGUCAAUCCUAAAUAGGAAAUUAGAAAAACUUCAUUUAAAUUUUGCAUAUGAAACUGGAUUUCAAUUGAUUAAUCUUAAAGUUUUGAUCAGCAAAAUUUUAUG